AUGGGGAGAAGGUUCAGAGGUCCUCUCAAAAAGGCCAAAGAAAUUGAAACCCACGAAGACAACGACCAUGAGGAUAGUGUUAGUAUCAAGACUGAUGCAAAGAGCAAUGUUGGUUCUGCUAAGCAAGAUGAUGAAGAAGGAUACUAUUACUAUGAGGAGGAAUACCCUGAAGAGAAGUACAAGCAAUUAGAGGAACGUAUGAAGGCUAUGGAAAUCCAGAAGCUGGAUGGCGCCAACAUUCGUACAUGGGAAGACUUAGCUGUUGCUUUCUACAAGCAAUACCAAUACAAUGCUGAUCUUGCGCCUACUCGCACUCAACUGCAAAGCAUGACUAUGGGUCCGAAAGAGAGUUUCAAGGAUCACCUACUGGGUAGUUCAUCCUCUGGUUUUACGGAGCUCAUACAGAUUGGAGAACGUGUUGAAAGCGUUAUUCGAAGUGGGAAGAUUCAGGUAGGUGCUACCUCUGGUACUACAAAGAAGCCAUAUCAUGGAAAGAAUGAGUCUAAUGUUGUGCACAGUCAGAAGGGUCGUAAUAAGAACGAUCAGAACCGGUAUGUUGGGGCAGUUCUAAUCUCUACACCAACACCUCAGCAAACUCCCAGACAAGGGUAUCAGCGCAGGUCAGACUCACCUAGAAGGCAGUUCACAAAGAUCAACAUGCCUUUAUCUCAAGCCCUGCAACAUCUGUUAAAGGCCAACUUGAUCACUAUAAGAGAUCCUCCGAAGAAUGACACUACUACAUCUCCAGGCUAUGACCCUAAUGCAAAGUGUGCAUAUCAUUCUAAUAGUCCUGCACAUCACGCGGAUAACUGUUGGGCAUUAAGAACUAAGAUCCAAGAUAUGAUAGAUGUUGGCGAAAUUAAGUUUGACCCUCCGGAAACUCCGAAUGUUAUUACUGCUCCUAUGCCAAAUCAUGACAAAGCUAUUAAUGAUAUCAUGGACAUGGUCUAUGUCUAUGAUGUGAGAGAUCUGUCAACUCCUCUCCCGGUCAUCAAGAAAAAACUAUUGCAAGCCAGUUUAUUUCCGGGUUGCAAUAUAGGUUUUUAUUCUUGUGCAUCCCAACCCAAUGGUUGUGAGAAUUUAAAGAGAGGUUUUCAAGGCUGGAUGGAUCAUUGCACUAUUAUGUUUGAAAAGAUUCCUUCUGUAGAAAGUUUAUGCGAAGGUUUCUCCUGUGGUUUGAAUAUUGAAGACGUAUCAGUGAUCUCUAAGACUCCUUUGAGAAUUCCUACCAAGGGUCCCAUCAAGAUUACUACUGAACCUCGUGUGGCUCGUUUGAUCAUCACUAAGCCUGGGCCGAUCCCAUAUUCUUCCGACAAAGCUGUCCCAUGGAAUUAUGGUGCUGAUGUCUAUAUUAAUGGUGUAAAACAGGAACCCCUAACUGAUAAGGUGGUUGAAGUCACUAAUCCCGACGUCGACAAUAUUGCAGGGACUAGCUAG